AUGUAUUGGUUUGCAUCUGAGGCGCAGGGCCUCCUCUGGGAGUUGCUCUUGAUGGGGGUUGUGUUGGAUGCUGCGUGCCCUCCUAAAUGUCGGUGCGGACAAUUUGAAGUGAAUUGCAGCAACGCGGGGCUGACCACCUUCCCAAUGUCCCUCCCGCUGAACACCAGGCGCCUCGACCUGAACACCAACAGCAUCGAAGAGAUCAAUUCCCUGGAACUCAACUUGCUCGGCGACUUGGUCUACCUGGAUUGCAGCCACAACAGAAUAGUGGAGAUUUCGAGGCUGCAUUUCAUCGGCAUGGCGAAGCUGGUGUACCUGGACCUCAGUUACAACAGCAUGAGAACUAUCAGCUCGACGGUUUUCGGGCCGUUGACCAAUUUGAUCAUCUUGAGGCUCAACAACAAUCAGAACCUGAGCGAAAUCGACUCCGGAGCCUUUUCGACUAACACCGGGCUUCGAGAGGUCAAUCUCAGCUACAACGGCUUGUUAUAUUUGAACACGACCUCGCUGAGGAACCUGGAAGGGUUGAAGGCCGUAUAUUUGGCUGGUAACCCCUGGGAAUGUCAGUGCACAAUUGGCCACCUCAGUGAGUGGAUGUUUGAAAGCAAUGAGACUUUUCCAGAUGAAGAUAACACUUUAUGCACUUUGCCAAAAUCAAUGGCUGGAAUUCCUGUCUCCAUGGCUUUAAUCAAGAUAUUCGAUAUUUGUCGCACACCUCUGGGUUACUUCGAAUAUUUAUUUUUCGUAAUAGUUGGUUUUGCAAUAUUUAUCAGUGGUAUCAUUGUUGCCUUGCUUACAGGUACAUUGAUGGUCUUCUUUGAACGUCAAAAAAUGUUUAAAGAAGAUGAUGAAGAAGAAAUUAAACAAUAUAGGUCAUAUAAGGCAGCUAUAAGGCUUACCAACAUCAACUUAUGA